UGUUGGACUUUGGUUACAGAAUUCCUCACUAUGGCUGCUGAAGAGCUGGAUAAAAUUAAUGUUAUUACAAAGUUGUCAAACCAAGCCCUGCAGGAGUAUGAGGGUCUGCAGAGGAAGCACGAGACAGCCUCCAUGGAGUGCAAGAAGCUGGCGGAGGAGAGAGACGAGGCCAUGAAGAAGCUUAAUGAGUUCCAGCAAGUUUCUCAGAUGGUCAUUGAAGAGGUCGGUGCCAUUCAGGAGCACCUGGAGAUCGAGAGGACGUGUAGAGAAAGUGCUGAAGCCCUGGCCUCUAAGCUGAAGCGUCAGAACCGCUCUCUGAAGAGGAAGAGCAUGAUGAUGCUGCCCCACCUCAGCCCAAAGACCAUCACUGAGAUCAACCUCAUGGACCAAGAGGAGGAGGAGCAGGAGGAGGGACAUGCAGACAGCCUUCUCUGCCCCUCCCCCCAGUGCCAGAGCAACAUCUCAGAGCUUCAACAGGAGUUGGAGUUAACACGUGAGGAGAAACAACAAGCCGUCACUGAUCUGGAGUCAGUAACAGAACAACUGAGGGAAACAAGGGAAGAAUUGCUGAAAGAGAAACAUGAUAACACCAUUUUCAUUGCUGAGGCAGUGCGGCAAAAGAAGCUCCUGGGGAAAUAUAACAGAGUGUCUCAGUUUGCUGUGGAGGAAUACGAGGCCCUACAGGACACUCUGGACCUGGAAAGGGACCUGAGGACAGAGGCAGAGGGCUUUGCCAGAGCGAUGUUGGUGGAGCAGAGGAAGCUGAAGAGACAGAGUCAGAUCCUGAUGCAGAGCUCCUCCCCCAGUGAGGCUCUGCAGGAGGCCCUCAGCCAGGUCGGCACACUGAGCAAGGAGCUGGAGACACAGAGGCUGGAGCUGCAGCAGCAGGUGCAGCAGGCGGAGGACAGGCUGCGGAGCUGUGAGGCUCAGAGGGAGCUGACGGCACUGAGGCGGACACUGGAGCUUGUGGAGGAGGAGAAGAGGGAGUACAGUGAGAAAUGCUCCAAGGCUGAAGUAGAGGUCAAGGAUCUGCGCUCUACAGUCGAGGAGCUCCAGAAGAAGCUGCAGGCUGCUACCAACCCCCACCCAGCUCCACCCCCACCCCCACCACCUCCUCCUCCUGCCCCAGCUCCAACCUCUAACCCACUCAGUUCUCUGCUGUUGUUGAUCCGAAAGAGGAGAGACAUCAGUACUGACAUCCCACUGGUGGGCCAGGACUCUGCUAAGACACCAGAAGUGGAUGUCAGGCAGCAGGCCGUGGAGGAAAUGAUGCUCAGGAUCAAGAGAGGCGUUCAACUUCGACCUGUCAGCCAAUCACCCAACAGAAGCAGGAAACAGAGGGAGAGGCUGCCCUCUAAUUCUGCCAUCCAGGAACUUAAAGGAAUCAUGGAGAAUUUCGGUAGAGCCUCCCCCCAAGCCAAGGUGGUGCCUCCGUCAGCCGGAGGUGAUGAGCAGCUGCAGAGGAUCCUGCUGAGGCGGAGGGGCGCGCUGGAGCCCUGAACACACCACGCAGAGACAAAGUCAAUGACCGGCUCGAUUCCUUCCUCCACCAUCUGCUCCGCGCUGGCUCCCUGAUGGUGAUUGACGGACGUACACACUCGCCGCUCGAGGCAAAACAUGCAAUUAUACAAACCAUGCCGUGUCCUUUUCUUCUCCCACAGCCCGUUCUCAGUCUGC